GACGUCACAAAGGUAUAAGUCGACAUUGGACAUUCUAUUUCUUGAAUUUAAGAUGAAUUUCUUAGCUGGAUGUAUUCAUUUUAUUCUUGCAUGCAUUUUAACUGUUCACGGCUUUGAUUUCGACGAAUGUCCUUCAAAAGAAAGUAGUUCUCUUGAUGUAAAGUAUGGAUCUAUGUCGGUCGUUUGCGACCGAAACUAUCCAAAGGAUUUGGUCACUUCUACUCCUGAAAUUAAAUUCUCGUUUGCCGAUGUGAAUAAAUAUUAUGAAGUUCUUAUGUUUGACCCGGAUGCACCAUCUGCUAUGAAUCCAAAAUCGCAGAAUAUACCAAAAUGCCAAAGUUGGCUUCAUUUGUACUUAUCGGAUGUUAAGGGGAGUGAGCUUAAAAAGGUUUUUUGGCAAAUGAUGGCACAUCAGAUUGGAAUGUCAUUACAGAUUACAAUCCACCAGCACCACCCAAAGGUGUGGGUUAUCAUCGAUACAUUUUCACUGUCUAUGGUCACACAAAACCUGCAAGGUUUUAUGAAAAGAUCACGCAAAGAUGUGGUUUUGAUAUUGAUUUAUUUUCUCGUACCCAUAAAUUAGAGUCCAUUCCAGAUGCAAGAGUAAUGUUCCGAACAAGAACUGAGUGAAUUCAGAUUAAAGAAUUUGUUAGCCUUAUUUAAAGUAAAUUUAGAGUGUCACUAUGUAACUGUGAAGACUACCCAUUCAAUUGUAAUAUAUAUUCUAUCUAUAGUAUAUUUAAUAUAUGUCCAUUAACUGUUCCCA